UCUCUUCUCAUCACCAGGCCGUGCAAUGCGUUUAGGAUGCCCGGUGUCGGGUAGUUUUCAAAUUCCAGUUCCCUCAGCUACACAGUUGUUCCGUCUCGUCCUGUCUACACAGACUAUUCCUACCUUAGAUACGCAGGCUUCUGUCGUUCACACGCUCAUGCACUUUAAUCACUCAUGGAGGGCCUCCAUAAUCAAGCAUUCUCUGUUUUCUCCCAGAUCAAUUUCGCACCUGCCCCAAAUGAGCACGAGUUGAUCUCCCUCAACUCGACGGCCGACCCUCAACUCACUCAAAUUUCCCUACCCCUAUCCGAUAUACUUCACUCUUUCGAAAAGCACCGUGACCCAUCGUCGCGUCCAAUAUUUAGGCUUGUAAAGCUUCAUAUUGCAUACCCCCCAGUGGGUAGCAGAGGAUGGGAGCCGCCAACUCUCAACGCUUCCAAAGAUGAGAUGGGCUUUCGAUCCUCCUUUGGCCAGUCUUCCCCUGCUUUAUGGGACAUCAACACCGACUCACUUCGUUUCAUGAUCAGUAUAUAUUCGUACUGUGUCAUAUGGUCCUACUGCCCGCAAUCUCAGGCGACGAGCGGCGUCAUCAUCAACCGGUCGGAUACCGCAUGGCUCAGCGAGCACUUCCAAGAUUGGUGGCAAGCGCUCGAUUCGCAAAUUGGUAUUAUUAAGCAUCCACUCUGUCUGUUGGUGGCCUCAAUCAUGGAAGCAUCGCAAUAUAUGUCUCAAGAGAUCCGGAAAUGCCGAGCUCGCAUCCACCGCCUCGAGCACCUUACAGGAUACAACCCCUGGAUCAAAAACCCUGCAGCUGCAUCAAGCCAUCACGAUGGGACCCUGAAUGUUGACGAGCUUUCUCUCGCAUCUCAAGACAUUGGUGCCGUCUUGGUCACCCUAGAGGAUCAUGCCAGGCAGCUUACCGUGCUUCGGCGAGCCACAGGCUCGGUCGAUCGUGCUGGAAUCCUCGCACCUUCAUCAGGCUUUAGUCAAGCGAUGGACGUCAGCUCCGCUAUGCAUGUCCUCCGUCAGCAGAUGGACUCGUCGCAAACAUUUGUGGACUUUCUCCGCGCGAGGGCAAAGAACCAGCUAACGGUGACUUUCAACCUCAUAAAUCGGUACGACGCGUCAGCCCAGAUAGCAGCUGCACAGGCGGCCGAGAGGAACAGUACUUCGAUGAAAACCAUAGCCAUCAUGACCAUGGCUUUUCUUCCGGCCACGUUCCUAGCCGCCCUUUUCGCCGUUCCCUCUCUCCCUUGGAAUGUCGCCGGUUCUGAGGCCGGAAGUACUUUUGGGAUAUACUGGGCAUUUACCAUACCAUCCACUAUCUUUGUGUUUGUGAUUUGGGCUUGGGCAUCCGGCGAGACACUGCUACCAAGACUGGUUCCCAGGCCGAGGAGCAGCACCGAGCCGGAAAGAGGGUACUCUGUGUGAUCACUGUAGUAGCGAUCCAAUGUCCAGCAGUUGAGCUGUUGUGGCGCCGUGGUGGCACUUUCCUCGAGGCCUCGGCUAACUCCGCAAAUUCCCUAUUCAUGACCAUAAAUCCCUAUUGAUGACCAGAA